AUGGAGCAGAUCGAGACGCAGGCCUCCGACCUGCGCUAUCUCGCACAGGUGCCCGUCGCGCUUAGUGACUCGGCGAGCGUCUCGUACGGCACGCCGCAGCCGCGACCGGCGCAGGGAAGCCCAGACGGUUCCGCGACCUUCGGAGACAAUUCCGCCCUCGCAUCCCAUUCCAACAAGCGCAAGUCGAUCGACGAUGGGCCUGGAUCGGGACAGAAGCAGACGAGGAGCAAGAGGAACCGUGUGAGUUUUACUCUUUUCCUUGUGCCCAUCCGCCGGCGAUGCUGCCAUCCGACGACCGGCCGCCCCUGGGGCCACCCAGCAAAUUUCCGCCCGCACCAGCCGCUGGCCUGCAGCGUUGCCGUCAUCUGA